UUCAAGGUUCAAAUCUUUUGCACAAAUAUUCUUAACCGGCCAAAAAGCAAAAGCUAUACGUAGAUGGUAAAGAAUCUUCAGUGCAAUGUAGUCCAAAAGGAAAUUCAACAAAGAAAGAAAAAGAAAUUAUGGGGGGUCUGUCUUGAAAGGUGAUUGUUCAUCAAGUUAAGUACCUUUAAUUUCUUAUCUCCUCCGACUAAGCUCCCACUACUCAGAUUCACUUUUUCUCUUUACUCUGUUUUAGUUUCACACUCUAUAUAACAACUCUUAUAGACACUAAAGAGCUCUCCUUUUUUUCCUUCACUGCGAAAACUAAUUCAAUAAUGUGAUACUGAUUACACACAAAACAAUAACAAUGGCUUCAACUUCAACCCAGAAAUUGAUUGUGGAGGUUGUUGAUGCGAGAAAUCUGUUGCCGAAAGAUGGACAAGGUACUUCCAGUCCUUAUGUUGUGAUUGAUUUUUAUGGACAGAGGAGGAGGACGCAGACAGCUGUUCGGGAUUUGAAUCCGAGCUGGAAUGAGGUUCUCGAGUUCAAUGUUGGUAAGCCAUCUAAUGUGUUCGACGAUAUGCUUGAACUAGAUGUUUAUCAUGAUAAGAAUUAUGGGCCGACCCGGAGGAACAAUUUUCUGGGUCGGAUUCGGUUGAGUUCGAGGCAGUUUGUGAGGAAAGGAGAGGAAGCGUUGAUUUAUUACACUCUGGAGAGAAAAAGCUUGCUCAGUUGGAUUCAGGGCGAAAUUGGGUUGAAGAUUUAUUAUGCCGCUGAAGUAAUACCAAUUCCGUCUCCUCCGCAGUCACCACCACCGCCAGCAGGGGAAGUUAAGGUGGAAAAGAAAGCGGAUGGACCAGCAGCAGCAGAAGAUGCGGCUGCAGCGCCACGGUCUGAACAGUCUGUUGGUCCCGCGACAGAUGAUGCAAAAUCUGAUACGCCUGCGGAAGUUGGACCCACCAUAGAGCCUGCUAAAGCCGAGCCACCAACUGAGUCACCAGCGGAUGAUGCAAAGCCAAAGGAAGAGCCACCAGCUGAUGCUGCGGCUCCACCAGAGACUGAAAAGCCUCCGGAAUCAGAGCAACCGCCCACUCCUCCUCCUGAUACGAAUGCGAGUCCAAUCGAUCAACCGCCAGAAACAGCAGAUGAGACGUCGGAGACAGCUGAGGAGGACAUUGUUUUGGAGCCGAUGGCUAAGAGGGUGCUACCACAACCAGAAGUGAUGGCUGCAUCAGUUUCAGGGUCAAUUCCGGAGGUCAAAGUAACCAGAAUAAACGGUCCACAACCCAUUUCGAGAUCACCAUCGACGUUCUCCUUGGAGUCUCAGGAAAGUGUUCAACUCGAACGGUCAUCGUUUGAUCUAGUUGACAAGAUGCACUACCUCUUCGUUCGUGCGGUGAAAGCACGAUCCCUCCCUACAAAGGGCAGUCCUGUCGUAAAGAUUGCCGUUUCCGGCACCCAAAUACAGUCAAAGCCUGCCCGUAAAGCGAUGUACUAUGAGUGGGACCAGACAUUCGCAUUUGGCCGCGACUCACCUGAAUCUUCCUCCAUUUUAGAGAUCUCAGUUUGGGACCCACCACUGGACGCUCCAUCUGAUGUGGCAGGUGUGAAUUUCUUAGGUGGCAUUUGCUUCGACGUGACGGAAAUCCCACUCCGAGACCCACCAGACAGCCCCUUGGCCCCACAAUGGUACAGGCUGGAAGGUGGAGGAGCCCACAAGGGCGACCUGAUGCUUGCCACGUGGGUGGGAACCCAAGCUGACGAGUCAUUUCCCGAUGCAUGGAAGACCGACACAGCCGGUAGCAUUCAUUCUCGAGCCAAAGUCUACCUCUCGCCGAAACUGUGGUACCUUAGAGCCACCGUGCUUGAAGCUCAAGACAUUUUGCCUUUAAUGGCGUUAAAGGAAGCGUCCUUUCAAAUUAAAGCACAGCUUGGCUUCCAAGUUCAGAAGACCAAAGCCGCCGUUACUCGUAACGGAGCUCCUGCUUGGAACGAAGACUUAAUAUUUGUAGCCGCCGAGCCAUUUAGUGACCACUUAAUUUUCACAAUCGAAUUCCGGCAACCGAAAGGACCAGUUACUCUUGGUCUAACAAGAAUACCGCUUACAGGCAUAGAGCGACGAGUCGAUGAUAGGAAAGUGACUUCGCGGUGGUUCAGCUUCGAAGAUCCAAACAACGGGAAAAUAGCAUACAAAGGUAGGGUCCAACUAAGGCUAUGCUUUGAUGGUGAAUAUCACGUGAUGGAUGAGGCGGCGCACUUGUGCAGUGAUUACCGUCCCACGGCGAGGCAGUUAUGGAAACCACCGGUCGGCACUAUUGAGUUCGGUAUAAUCGGGUGCAAAAAUCUGUCACCGAUGAAAACAAUCGACGGCAAAGGAUCCGUGGAUGCGUAUACGGUGGCUAAAUACGGUACCAAGUGGGUACGUACGCGUACAGUGUGCGACAGUUUGGAACCGAAGUGGAAUGAGCAGUACACGUGGAGGGUCUACGAUCCAUGCACGGUGUUAACCAUUGGUGUAUUUGAUAGUUGGGGUGUGUAUGAGAUCGACGGUUCAAAAGAGGCCACGCGUCCAGACUUACGUAUCGGUAAAGUAAGGAUACGUAUAUCUACUCUUGAAACCGGAAAAGUGUAUAGAAAUACGUAUCCACUGCUAGUGUUGGGAAAUGCUGGCAUGAAAAAAAUGGGUGAGAUAGAGGUGGCUGUACGGUUCGUCCGUGCAACUCCAACUCUAGAUUUCUUACACGUGUACUCACAGCCAUUGUUACCGUCGAUGCACCACAUAAAGCCUUUGGGGGUGGUACCGCAGGAGAUGUUGAGGAGCACGGCAGUAAAGAUCGUGGCCACACACUUGUCGCGAUCAGAGCCGCCGCUUAGACGUGAGGUUGUGCUUUACUUGCUUGAUGCGGACUCGCACACUUUCAGCAUGCGUAAAGUUCGUGCCAAUUGGGUUAGAAUUAUUAACGUACUUUCGGGUGUAGCUGAUAUCGUACGGUGGAUAGAGAAUACACGUUCGUGGAAGAAUCCAACGGCUACAAUACUUGUACAUGCACUGCUGGUGAUGCUGGUGUGGUUCCCUGAUUUGAUCAUUCCAACUUUAGCCUUCUAUGUUUUUGCGAUUGGAGUGUGGAAGUACAGGUUCCGGUCAAGGGACCCACUACCGCACUUCGAUCCUAAAAUCUCAUUGGCUGAUUCCAUUGACCGUGAUGAGCUGGACGAGGAGUUUGAUGUAGUGCCAAGCACUAGAUCACCGGAUGUGGUGCGAGCGAGAUAUGAUAAGCUGCGUACGCUCGGUGUACGUGUGCAGAAUGUAUUGGGUGAUUUCGCUGCACAAGGCGAGCGUGUACAAGCGUUGGUGACGUGGAGGGAUCCACGUGCGACGGGGAUGUUUGUGGGGCUGUGUUUUGUGGUGGCUUUGGUUCUCUACUUGGUACCAUCAAAGAUGGUUGCAAUGGCUUUUGGAUUCUAUUAUCUCCGCCAUCCGAUGUUCCGUGAUCGAUUGCCAUCACCGGCUUUGAACUUCUUUAGAAGACUACCUUCACUGUCCGAUCGAAUGAUGUGAAAACGUUGCAUGAUGCAAUGUUGUAGGAGAGAGUACCUGAUCAGUACUUAAUUAGUUUUUUGUAAUUUUAUUGCAGUUUAUAUUUUACGUAAUUCCACAUGAAGCACUUUAUCAUCCAUGCAAUCAAUAAGAUUAUAUGAAUAAGAAUUAAAGCGGAAAUUUAUUUUUAAUUCAAA